AUGGCCUCUCUCUCACACACCUCGCGCACGCUGCUGCGGACCAUCCCGCGCAGUAAUUCUCUCGCUGUCCGCGCCCUCUCCACCUCCGCCGCAAAGCGUGAUGCCCCUACGAGCUCAUUCGACUCGCCUUUCCGUGGCAUGGGCAACGACGCCGGCACCAAGAUUCCCGACUUCAGUCACUACCGGAGCAAGUCGAAUUCGAACUCUAACUUAUUGUUCCAAUACUUUAUGGUCGGGACGAUGGGUGCUUUGACGGCUGCCGGUGCAAAGGCUACGGUGCAAGAUUUCUUGGUCAACAUGUCCGCAUCCGCAGAUGUUCUUGCUAUGGCCAAGGUUGAGGUCGAUCUUGCAUCCAUUCCUGAGGGCAAGAACGUUAUUGUUAAAUGGCGAGGAAAGCCGGUUUUCAUUCGCCACCGAACAGCAGAUGAGAUCAAGGAGGCCGAGAGUGUCAAGGUCGAGACAUUGCGGGAUCCUCAGAAGGACGAGGACCGUGUUAAAAAGCCCGAGUGGUUGAUCAUGGUUGGUGUCUGCACACAUCUUGGAUGCGUACCCAUCGGCGAGGCCGGUGAUUUUGGAGGAUGGUUCUGCCCUUGCCAUGGUUCUCACUACGAUAUUUCCGGCCGUAUUCGCAGAGGUCCAGCGCCACUAAAUCUUGAGAUCCCAGAAUACGACUUCGCCGAUGAGAAUGCGCUUGUCAUUGGUUAA